AGUUUCUUUGGUUACUGUCCCCGCGGUGAAACAACACACAGUGUCAUUGGUGCGUUUCACAUGCCUGCCGAUACCGGUGUGGGGCUUUCGUAACGCAUAAUUAUUCAGCAUCGGAAUUGUGCUUCUGUUGUCCUUUUUCUUCCUGCGGUGUUAUUAGGAGCUUCCCGAGCACCGAGCUGGCCGUAAUCAGAUAGUACACGUAGCUACAGCUAUCUUUACGCCCGUAGUUAGAUAAGAGAAGCUAACGGUAGCUAGCUGCUGAGUCGCACUGCCAUUAGAAUGGGUGAGGAAAAUAAAGAAAACCUCACUAAAUCGGGUAGUGGAGCUGCUAAUAACGACAACGUUGAGCAAACCUGCGAAACGGUAGAUGAUGAUGUAAAAUGUUACACGUUUGAAGAGAUAAGAGUACACAACAUGAGCAACGACACAUGGCUCAUCAUCCACGAUAAAGUAUAUGACAUAUCAAGUUUCCUCGAAGAGCAUCCAGGAGGUGAGGAGGUUUUACUGGAGCAGGCAGGUGCAGAUGCCACAGAGAGCUUUGAGGAUGUGGGUCAUUCCACAGAUGCCAGGGAGAUGCUCCAGCAGUACUACAUUGGGGAGCUUCAUGUGGAUGACAGAAAAAAGGACAAUGUAAAGGAGGUAGAAGUCACAAAGUCUGGAGAGAGCAGCUCCUGGACCAUGUGGUUGUUACCUGCUGUUGUCGCUGCUGUUGUUGGUAUUGUGUAUCGCUACUACAUGUUUGAACACAAGUCCUCUUGAGUGCUGGCAUCCUGUUUCUUUUCAUCUUGGAGGCCUUGAAAUGUUUGACCAAAACCUCCUCACAUUGAGCACACAAGUGUUUAGGAAUCCUCAGCAGCAAGAAGAGGGGAGGGAGCAGUUUGAUAGUGUUUAGUCCUUAUCCAUCAACUCAGUGCACCAAAUAGAUAGUUGAGACUUUAUGAAACUGUUGGCCUUUGCUUUCUUUAUUUGUUGUGGUCACCAUGCCAGUUGUCAUAAAUGUUAUGUGUUGUUUUUACCCUAAAAUUUCAUAUGCACGUUCCACAAUUUGUUUAUUGCACCAUUAUUAGAUGAAAUCAAUAGACUAAAGGAGAUGUUAUGCAGAAUGGUGAUGAAAUGAGGUUCAUAGAUGACAACCUUCAAUCUCUCCCUCUAUUUUUUUUAUUGGAUUAUAACUUGCAUAACUUCCGGUGCACUGUCAUGGGUUUAAGAAAGUCAGAAUAGCCAGCGAACUCAGUAAAAAUCACAACUUUUAUUUUAUUCACUCCUUAAUGCACAGUUUAGCUGUUAAGCAAUGCUCGAUUGCAUUUAUCACUUAGUUGCAAACUCAUAAUCUUUCCACUUCUAUAAAUGCAUUUUCAAGUCUUUGCAUUGGUUCGUUUUGAAAAUCGCUGCUUUUUCAUAACUUUGGUUCAUUUUGUUGCAUCUGAAUUCUCUGUUUUGGGUGAAUGGUACAGGCAACUGACUCAAGAGUUUGAAGUCUGGUAUGUGUUUCUUGUUUGGCCGCUGUGGGUAAAAUCAGGAGGCUUGGCAGUUGACCCAUAGAUGGGUAUCUUUCAGUCCACAUUUGGUUAUCAUACAUGUUUGCAGAUUAUUCAUGGCCUAUAUUUAUUAUUUGAUUGACUAAACCUUUUUGAAAUGGUCUAGGUUGCUAAUUUGGUCUUGUUAAUUGUGUUUUGGUAAGCUUUGUUCAUCAUUUUAAAACCUAUUUAAAUAUUCUAAAAUAUAAAUGUUGUUUCAUGUUAAUAAAAAUAGACUUUUCCAAAUAAAAAGACAAAUUCAUGUCAGCUGUAAUUUAAAGGUUUCUGAAUAGAAAUUGCUGCUAUUUUUACAUGUGACUAAAAAACUGCAGAUGUCAAAAAAGUUUGUUGAUUGUAAAAGUUAAGAUAAAUAUAUGCCAUCUUUAUGCAUUUUACUUGCCAUUUCCUGUCUUUGAAUCUCUAUCAAUAAAAUGGGUCUUGACAAACAGUCAGCCAGUCACUGCUUCCUGAAAAGAAUUAAAUGUAAAUCCA